AUGGGUCGUCAGUCACCCAUUCAUCCCAUUUUUCAUGCUAUCCUAUGUAGUGAACCAGGUAUUCCGCCAUCAUAUAUUUCACAUUUGGAGUUAGUUGAGGACGCAGGCGGCGGUCUAGACAUUUUGCUUUGUAAAGCAGUAAUGUCCAUGUAUGAGACGAAUAACAUAGUAAUUCUUCAUCUGAAAUAUUACAUAAGUCACUAGUCAAACGGAACUAUAACACUGUAAAUAUAUAUAUUUGAUUUUUCAAAAUGUUGAAAUUUGUUUUUCUACCCCAAGAGCCAAACUUCAACCUAAUUAAUUAUUGUAUUUAAGUUGUAUACCAACCUUUUUGGAAAUCACACAAAGGAAUAUGGAAAGGAGAUCCUCCUUCAAUACUCCGGGACACUAAUGUUUUUUUAAACCUUACCACUGUCCCAGAGCAUACAUUGUUCACUUCGAUAACGGAGGGUCCAGAAAUUAUAUUAUAUUUUUCCAUAUUAGAGUACGAUGAAAUACUCAAAUCAAAAAUAACUUAAAAUGAAAGAAAAUAAAACUGGAAGUAAAUAAAUACUCGACUUAAGAAUGUCAAAUUGUACAGAGAUUAUGGAAAUUGGAAGUUAUGCAACUUGAAACAAUAAAAAAAUAAACGAAUAAUAAAAAUAGUUAUGGAAUACAAGGCGGCCUUUAAAACCAAAAAGUAAUAAAUACAAUUGAACAAAAUUUAGUACUAACAAGCGUCGGUUUCCCAGAGUUGCCAAAUUUUGCGAUUUUUAUAUCUUAUUUUUUCUUAAAUAAUUUUUCAUUUGUUUUGGUUGACGGUAAUGAGACAUAGAUUACAGUUUCAAAGGGAGGAAUACAAUUUCUCAUAUUAUCAGUAGUUAGCUAUUUAGUUUAUUUUCUAUGCAUUACUAAUAUUGGUCAUUAAAAAUCGCAUUUUAUAAUAAUAACAGUAAACAAAAAUUCUUGACUGUGAUAAAAUUGAUAACGUCUUUGGAUUUCAUACAAAACACUAUAAACACUAACACUAUAGACUAUCGAUCAAGUUCAUCGCGUAACAACCGUGAUCAUUAAGGCGUUAGAAGAGAAAAAUUAUUGCUGUGGAGUAUUCCUGGAUGUAGCCCAAGUUUUCCUCAAAGGCCUAUUAUUAAAACUACGUGAGCAGCUUCCGCACCCAUGGUGCGCCCUUCUCAAAUCAUAUUUGGCUUUACCUCAAGGUAGCGUUCUCGGACCUAUUUUGUACCUACUCUAUACAGCUGAUAUUCCAACUAACGACAAUACAAUGAUAACUAUGUUCGCCGACGACACGACAAUACUAUCAACAAGGAAGGACCAAAAAGCUGCGACUGAGAUCCUACAAACGACAAUCAACACCGUUUACAAUUGA